AUGAGCUCCCUUACACCCGAUCAAGUGGCCUUUUACCACAAGAAUGGUUAUCUCCUUCUACGUGUCGCAGAUCACCAACUUGUGGACCCAACUAGCCUCGAAGAGUGGACCAGGGAGAUUCAGGCCUGGCCUCGUGUGAAGGGUAAAUGGAUGCCAUACGACGAGAUUAACGUCAACGGCGAGCGCCAACUCAUGCGAACGGAGCGCUUUGUGGACUUUCAUCCUCAGUAUAAGAGCCUCGUCUGCGGUGAGAAAUUAGCUCAAAUUCUCAAAGCCGUGUCUGGUGAUGACAUGCUCCUCUUCAAAGACAAGAUCAAUUACAAACAGCCAAAUGGCAACGGAUUCAAGGCACACUUGGAUGCCCCGGCAUAUGAUCAUAUCGGCCGCAUUGAACACGUCACUGCCAACAUCGCUAUUGACCCUGCAACCAUUGAAAACGGCUGCCUUGAAGUUGUGCCUGGGUCGCAUAAGAUGAUCGCAGAAUUCUCCCACGGUGGUCAAAUUACGUCUGAAUGGGAAUCCGCCCACGAAUGGGUCUCCAUCCCGUUGCAGCCGGGAGAUAUGAUUAUUUUCGGCUCUCAUCUCGCGCAUCGAUCGGCAGAGAAUAAGACCGAUAAGCCUCGAUCCAGUCUUUAUGCUACGUUCCAUUCUAAAAAGGAUGGACUUGACCUCAGAGAACGCUAUUACAAGCAUCGGAUGGAAAUGUUCCCUCCUGAACAUGAGCGAGAGGAGGGCAAGGAUUAUUCGCAGGGCUACAAGACUUAUGGAUUUGCGGCACCUUUCACUACAAUCGACCAGGGAAAAAUGGCUGCCCCGACUCUAGUAGCAAACUAG